AUGUGUGUGAAGGUGCCACCAUAAUCCAUACAUAUUUAAACGAUAUAGGUCUAUAUGGAUGCUGGUACGGUCGUCAUUGUUGUUGUUGAUGUGAAGAGAAAUAAAAUCGGUGCGGCCAACAAUAAUAGAGUUGAGUGAACAAAAAUCGGGCCAAAAUGAGAAAUCCGAAAUAUCGCUCACAAUACACAUACAUCAAUGUGCACUAACACUGUGACGUGCACCACUGUCUACACUCAAAUACAGUUCCAACCACAUAAACAUCAUAAAAAUGAAAAUAAAAACCAUAUAUACUCAACAGUGGCAGCAGACCAAGUAGAAACGCAUACGAAGCAAUUUGUUAAUUCAAGUCGACACAUAAAAUUCAUUUGGCUUUUAUUAUUUUGAUUGUUGUUGUUGUUUAUUAACGUAACUAUUCAAUAUCUGUAUUGAAAAAUGAAUAUCGUCGUCGUCAGUGACAAAAAAUAAUAAUAAAAUUGUUCCAUAGAAGAGAACUUUAAAACUGCUGGUGUCUUACGAACUCUUCAAAUCCGAAUUUGAAAAAUUGUGCAAUUUUUUUGUGUGUGAGACAAAUAACAAAAAGAAGAUUUUUAUAAAUAUUCGAUGGGAAAAUUAUCAAAAAUAAUUUUACAAUCAAAACUGUCAUUCGAUUGAAUAAUGUGUGCAAUGGUGAAGUUCAAGCAAGCUUAGUUGUAUUGUUGAGUUAUUCACUAAUAGGGCAAAUUUAACUACAUUAAAUGAUUUUUGUGCGACGAAAAUGUUUUACGUUUUUCUGCUUGAAAGCGAUGCGAAAGAGAAUUCAAGUGUUUUGAUAAAUGUGGUUUAGCUAUUGAGUUUUCGAUGUGCUGAACGAAAGAAGACAUUCUCAGAAACCAUCAAACGAAAAAGAAACACAGAUUAUUUGAUGCAAUAUUAUCGAUUGUUUUUUUAUUCCUUAUUCGAAUAAAGUCUGCGAUAGGAAUACCCUUUUGGCCUGCCAAUCACGAGACAGAUACCAUUCAACUUUGCUCAAAAGAUAUGUCUUUACUCCAUUGAAAAAUGAUACAUACAACACCCGAUUAAAUUAUUCGACAUUUUCGAGCUAAUUAGUUGUGAGUUUGAGAACCGCAUUUGGAUAGUUUAUUUAAAACUUUGUGAAACGACAUUCGUCGACACUAAAAGAGACUUUAAUUGCAAAAAUGGGCGCAACAAUGGGCAAAAAUGGAACCAUCCUAGACUCAUUACCAUCAACACAUGGAACAUUGCACAUAGCUAUGCUUGGUUUGGAUUCAGCCGGAAAGACAACUGCAUUAUAUCGCCUUAAACUAGAUCAAUAUUUGAAUACAGUUACAACAAUUGGAUUUAAUUGCGAAAAGGUACGCGGUGCAUUGGGUAAAGCAAAAGGUGUACAAUUUCUUGUUUGGGAUGUUGGAGGACAAGAAAAACUUCGUCCACUUUGGCGAAGCUACACAAGAUGUACUGAUGGAAUAGUUUUCGUAGUCGAUUCGGUAGAUGUAGAACGUAUGGAAGAAGCCAAAAUGGAGUUGAUGCGCACAGCAAAGUGUUCAGAGAAUCAUGGUGUGCCGAUUCUGAUAUUUGCAAACAAGCAAGACUUGCCAGGAGCCAAAGAACCAAAAGAAUUGGAAAAAUUGCUAGGUUUGCAUGAGCUAUCGUUUUCAGUGAUUCCAUCGCAAAUGAUAAAGUCCUCAUCAACAUUGCCCGUAUCGGCAAACAUAAGUACUGGCCAUAAGCCAGUCGAUACACGAUUGAAUAGUCUCGAUAGUAAAUGCACCGAUGUAUCGUCAAAUUGUUCAAGCACACCACCGCCGCACACAUCAACAUCAACGUCAAGCUCAACAUCGCCGCAUCAUGUCUCGUCAACGAUAUCGUCGUCAACAUCCUCAUCAAGUACAUCGAAUACAGCGUCAUCAUUCAAAGGCUGGUACAUUCAACCGGCGUGUGCCAUCACCGGCGAUGGUCUACAAGAGGGAUUAGAAGCAUUAUAUGACAUGAUUCUGAAAAAACGAAAACUUAAUAAAGCACAUAAAAAGAAACGUUGCUGAGCAUCAACAACAGUCGCUUAUCAAAUGUGAUUCGCUUGCAAAUCAUAAGACCUUUUUUUAAAUUUGUCAAUUUUAUUUGACCAAAGAAAUCAGUUUUUGAAUUGAACCGAGUUUUUUUUUCUCGUUUGGUAUUCCAAUCGAUUUAGUGCAAAGCCAAACACAAGAAUUAUAUUAUAAAAUCGAAAUUUCCUAAAUAGAGUAAGCAUAAAUUUUAUUAUUAAUCAAUACUUAGGAGAUUGUUAUCAGUUAUAUUAUUAUUAUAUGUUGUCGUUUUUUGUAAAUAAUGAAUGUUUCAAGUACUGUCGUGAUUAAAAGAAGAAGAAAAAGAGAAAAGAAAAGAUAACUGAAUUGGAUAUCCAAACAAUAUUUGAAUGUACUUGUACACAACAUGCUGAUGUUUUUAUUUGAUGUUCAUUAUUAUUCCGAAAAAUUUUAUGAUUUUCUUUUCUUUUGUGUUUAUAGCUUAAAAUAGAUAUCGAAUUCUGUGAUGUGACGUAUAAAAAAGAGAGAGAGAAAAAAUCCGAUUAGAUAAUUAAUGAAACACAUGAAAAUAAAUGUGAAUUCUAAAUGUUUCUUGAAUUUUAUGUGAAAUUUUAUUUGAACACUUUUUUUAUUACUUUGAAUUUAUUUUAAAAAUACAAAAAAAAGUGCAAAUGAAAUCCCAAAAUGUAUUAGAUUCAUUUGUAAAGUAAACAUUUUUCCUGGUGUAUUUGAGACGCAUGUUCAAUUGAUUCGUAUUACAAUAAACAAUGUUCCCAUAUAAACAUA